AUAUGAAGAGACCAGCAUUCAGCUGUUAGGUGAAGGCUACGAGGAUGACUUCACGCUGGAUAACAUCCAUGGACUAGUGUCAGACAACAAGGAGGAGAACACUGAGAGCAAUCUGGAGGAAGACAUAAUUGAGGGUGGGACACCUCCAUGCUGGCUGUGCUAAGGACAUCACAGUGACCCUGAAAUCAGAUGUCGCAGUUGCCUUCAAAAUGCACCCUGUGAAGUGUAAGGUUGCAAGAAUCGCCUUCCAGCUGCCACCAGAGGAGGUGAUGGACUGGGACGACCACCUGCACACCAUUGAGUGGAUGGAUGCCAGCAGGGACUCAGCAGCCACGUGGCCUGUGAGAAAGGUGAUCAAGACAACCCCAGAACCAGCUCACACUGUCCUGGAGAAGAGCAGCCGUGAGGUGGAGCUUCACCUCAGUGCUGUUGUUGACUAUGCUGAGUUCCAGAUGGAUGUGGACAUGAUUCAGUUCAAGGAGACCUUGCUCUUCCAGACAAGGACAGUCACUUUCCAGCUGUCUAAUACAGGGAAUGUGGCCCUGGAAUACACCUGGAUGGCAGCUGUGGAGGAUGAAAGAUCAGUGAACCGUACUGGGGAGCUGCUCCUGUCCAAUCUGAAUGGGGAUUCUCUCUCCUCCACUUGUGGUACCUCUGGGAAGCUCCAUCCCAGCCGUUGUUCAAGUCAGCUGGACCAUGAACUGGAGCACGUCUCUUCCUCCCUGAACUCAUCUCUGAAUGCCAUCAGUGGCAAGUCGCCAUUCUCUGUCGAGCCCCGCAGUGGCACCAUCCCAGUUGGCCAGAAGCAGCUCUUCCAGAUGAAGUUCUCUCCAGUGUACGUGGGGGACUUUGAGAGCUGUAUGCUCUGCAGUAUUCCUAACCUGACACCAAACCAGAAGUGCCCAGAGGUGGCUGUGAAGGGGAAAAGUCUGAUGACAAACUGCCACUUUGAACUAGAAGACUCUGAUUACCUCACAGCAAACAGGCGCAACCCAAAGUUGCCGGACCCAAAGGAGACAGUGUUAGAUCAUAACACAAGAGUGAUUGAGUUUGUGGCAAUUGGGGUGUGCAGCAGAAGCAGCAGGACAUUCACAGUUACAAACCCAACCAGUUCUGCAUACUCCUUCCAGUGGACUUGUCAAGACCCUGAAGCUCCACGAGGACAAGAGGCUUUCUUCUGCCUCACAGAAAGAGGUCAGAUCCAGCCAGGGAAGAAAGCAGAGAUGAAGUUCCAGUUCAUCCCACAGCACCUGGAUGUGACGGAAUCAUUCUGGAUCUUUACAGUCCCUGAGCAGAACAUUUCAGUCCCAGUUCUGUUAGUGGGCAAUGCGAGUGACCCACUCGUGACUCUGAACAGAUCUCACCUGAGCUUCCAGUUGCUGUUAAUCGGGCACGAAGUACGCCAGACUAUGUAUAUGAUCAACAGUGAGAAGGAAGCCUUCAGCUUUGCUUUCAGGGAAAGCUCUCUCUUCUCAGAAGGAUGCAAGGCCUCCGUGAAGGUAGAGCCCCUGAAAGGCUCCAUUGGUCCUCUUUCGAGGCUUCCCAUUACAGUCUCCUUCAUACCAACAAUAGAAGGAGAGGUGGUCUUCAACCUCAAGUGUGAUGUCAAGAGAAAGACCCAGCCUCUCUCCUUGAACAUCAAGGCCACCAGCUACAGCAUGAAUGUCUCUGUCGGGUGCCAGGACAGCGAUGGCCAUGUCACUGAGCUCAGUGCACACAAAAUCAACAUCAUUGAUCUCAAGGAAGUGCAGCUAAAUGAGAACAUCAAGCGCAUCUUCAGCAUCUGUAACAACAGCAGGUUCAGCUUCACAUUCACAUGGGAGCUGUGCGGUCCAGCAGCCUGUCAGCAGGUCCUCACCAUCACCCCUUGGACAGGCACCCUGCAGGCAGAGGAGAAAGCAGAGUCCCAGCUAGCAUUUCACUCACAAAAGUUGUGCUCUUUGAAGGAUGUUAAGCUGACACUGCGGAUCAGCAAGGGUCCCACAUUUACCCUCAUCUCUUCCCCAUCCCUGCCGCCUCAGGUUGACGUUGUGGAUCCACCGGGAAAGGUGGUGAAGCUAGGAAACGUCUGCAUUGGGCAGACGGUGAAGAAGAUCGUCACCAUAGCCAACAAGAGUGCAGCCCCUCUGGCCUUUCAGCUCAGAGUCACAUCCACCGCGCCAGAGUUGCAGGAAGCUGGGGUUCUGUGCUUGAAGCCCAGCAAGGAGCUAAAGCUGAAGCCCAGAGGAGACAGAGGCAAGGUGGAGGUGACCUUCUCCCCGAAGCGUCGCAUCCAGCCGUUCAGCGGGGAAGUGCUGCUGGAGUGCGGCGGGCUGGCGCGCUCCCUCUUUGUGGUGCGGGGCUCCUGCCAGGGCAGCCUCGUGAGCUUGGACCAGGAGCAGCUCAGCUUUGGAGCCGUGGUGCAGCAGAGCUACACGUGGCGGCGCGUGGUCAUGCGGAACGCGGGCGACACAGGAGUCAGGUUUACGUGGGACGUGGAGAGCUUCAAGCCGGACUUUUCCAUCAGCCCCACGAAGGGUUACAUCAGCCCAGGGAGGGAUGUCCCCUUCGUUGUGACCUUCCGCCCCUCGAAGCUGAGCCAGGCUGUCCAGUACGAGGGGCUGCGGUGCUUCAUCCAGGGCAGUGAGGCGCUGCGGCUUACGCUGUCAGGAUCCUGCGUGGAGGCCCCUGGCCCCAAAGAGACCCUGACUUUCAGCUGCAGUGUGCGUGAGAGGCAGAGCCAGACCAUCCUCCUUUCCAACCCAAGCAACGAGGCCUGGACCCUGCAGCCCAUCAUUGAGGGGAAGUACUGGAAAGGGCCUGAAUUUAUCCAUCUGGAGGCCAGGCAAAAAGAAAAGGCCUACCAGGUCACCUACAGACCCCUAAGCAUGAGCUCUGAGAACAAGAAGCAUCAGCUUGCAGGGAGCAAGAAGGGCAAAGGUGCCCUGCAGUUUCUCAGUGCCCCCCUGGCCGUGAGCAGGCAGGGCUCCAUCUUCUUCCCCCUGCCGGACGGGACAGGCUUACGCUACCACCUGGAAGGAACUGCUGAAGCCCCCCGGUGUUCAGGGGCCAUUUCCCGGCAGGUUCCAUGCAGGAGUUCCCACACGGAGCUCAUCCCUGUGUCCAACUGGCUGCACAGACCACAGAGGCUCCUGGUGGUUAUUGACAUGCUCAAACCAGAGAACGUGGAAAGCAGUUCUGUGCUGCAGGGGUGUUCCUACAUUGACGUGCCAAGCUCUGCAAAGAAGGACUACCAGCUCACCUUCUUCUCCUACAAAGAAGGAGUCUUCAGGGCAAAGGUGACCUUCCUCAACGAGACAACCGGAGAGUACUUGUUCCACGUGGUGACUUUCAAGGUGACGGCUUCGGGACCCAUCGGCACUGUGAAAAUGAGCACCGCUGUUCGGCAGAGGGUGUCCUCCACCGUCAAGGUGGACAACCCUCUGCCUGUCCCGGUGACGUUUGACAUCACCUGCGAAGUGCCCGACGUCAGCGCUCCACAGCACUUUACUGUUCCUGCACAGUCGAAGGCGGAUCUUGUCUUGGAGUAUCAGCCCCUGAAAACGGGUGAGAGCACCGGGCACCUGGUGCUCCAGAGCAGCGACUUGGGCUCUCUGUCUUACAACCUGCAGCUGAAAGCCAUCUCGCACAGGCCAGAGAAGCCCGUGUAUUUCCGCACCACGCUGGGCUCCCGUCAGACCAUCACCACCAAAAUACGGAAUUUUGCCCAGCAGAAGACCGAGUACCUGCUGCAGACCGACUGUGCCGACUUCCAGACGGCAAAAUCCAUCAGUGCGGCACCUGCCGGCGCUGGGGGCUCGGACCUGAGCGUGGAAGUGACCUUUGAGCCCUGCCAGCUGGGCGAAGCCAAGGCCACGCUGCAGCUCAGCUCCGCAUUGGGCGGGCAGUACCGCAUCCCACUCAUCGGCCUUGCACUGCCCCCUGAAGCCCAGGGCCCCUUCCUCAUCCCAGCCGGCGGCUCCACCUCCAUCUCCUUCAGGAACGUCUUCCCGAAGGCCACGGCGUUCCAGUAUGCAGUAAAGCACCCGGCCUUCACCGCGGAAGACCCCAGCGCACCGGUGCCGAGGGGAUGGAGGACGGAGCGGCACCGCAGGGAGGGACUGGGAGCACAGCGGGGCCGCCUGCGGAUCGCGGGGAGGCAGGAACCGGCCUGUAGUGCUUGGGUGGAUCCCGCCGUGCACCGCGGAGCUGCCCGCGGUACGGAACCGGAUCGGACAGGCUCCCCGGGUGAUGGGGGCACCCAGGGGAGCGCGGGGCUGCAGGCCCGGAGCCCCAGCAAGGGCUCGGGUUACGGUGGCUGUGUCAGGCUGCCCCUGCCUCCAGCGGCUCUGCUGCAAGGGGGCUGGUACUGA